AUGUUCUUCGUACCGAUCAACAUGCUCCGCAACGACCCGUAUUCCAGAUACGACACCAAGGCAUCUGGCAACUGGUACAAGGCCGACGAGCCCUGGGGCGCUUUCCUCCAGACCGAUGGAAACCCUGCUGUUACCAUCCACCCCUACGAGUCCGACGCUUCCUCUGGCUCCUUCAACCCCCAGGCCCACACCACCUGGGUCCCCGUUGACUGGUCCAGCUGGCCCAACUACAACGUGCACGGAUAUGGAGUCUACUAA